UAUUUAAUUUAUUUUUGCUGACAAUAUUAAUAUUAGUGCAAAAUGAAUUUAGAUAAUAAUCCGGGUAAUACAAAGACCUCUUUCCUGUGGGCACUUAGAAAAGUAGAUGUGAUAGCCGAAUUAGCGAAUCAUAGAGUCGAAGUCGAUCCAUCCGCGACUGUAGCCGAAUUAAGAUUAAUAUUGCGUGACCACCUCGUACGUUUGAGAAACGCGCAGGGCAGUAGAGCGAAUAGUAUCGCAGAUUUAGUUAAUGAUAUAGAUAACGCGGAAAUCGCGGGUGACAAAGACACAGAACAGACGACAGAACCGAGCGUAGUAAUCACACAGGAAACCGAUCCGAAUCAAAUCACACCGAUUCUUAGAAGACCUGACCGUAUUAAUCAAAAGACAAACUCGCACACAGCAUCUGAUAGUUCCGAAGAGGACUCUGAGACAGAAGAAGCAGAAGAAUUGCGUAGGUUAGAAAGAGAAGUAAAAGAGAGAACCGCGCAAAUACAAGAAGAAAAGAGAAGAGAAACAGAAUUGCGUCGAGAAACGGAAGAAAGAUUGCGUGCAGAGUUUGAUAAGCAAGAACGGUUGAGACAGAGACAAGAGCGACGGUCGGUAAGAGAGAAACAAAUCGCAGAACUGAGAGAGAAACUAACAAGCCUCUCAGAUAGACCAAGCGUGAGAGACGAAUCGCGAGAAAAUUUAACAGAAAAUCCCGCCGAAUUAAGAGCACGUAUAGAAAGAGAAAUUCGCGCAGAAUUAGAAUUAGAGUAUAGGCGAAAAAACGAAAAAAGUAGACAAGAACAUAGUAGUAGCCGUACAAAUCAACGCGAUAAAAGAGAUAUCCGGGACUUAGUUAGAAAAUGGGGAGUAACCUUUGAUGGUGGUAAAGGCGUGCAAGACUUUAUCGAACGAGUAGAUGAAAUGCGUUUAACUUAUAAAAUGAGAAAUAAUCAAAUAGUAGAAUGCAUACCAAUUCUGUUAAAAGAUAAAGCCUUGCUCUGGUAUCGCAACAAUAAACGUGAUUGGCAAACUUGGAAUGAGUUCACCAAAGACUUGACCGCUUUUUACAUACCACCAGGGGUUAAGAUCCAGAUAGAAGAAGAAAUUAGAAAUAGGACGCAGGGAGCAAAAGAACCGGCAAAAGAGUAUAUCACUAAGUUGCAAACUUUGAUGAGGAGAUACGGUCAAAUGAGCGAAGUAGCAAAAUUAGAACGUCUCUACUACAAUCUUCGUCCCGAAUAUAAAAGAUACAUCAAGCAGACAGAAUUUAGCACGGUAAACGAAUUGAUACAAUUAUGCGAUAGUUACGAGCAGUUGGUUAUUCAGGAGGCUGGGUAUAAACCACCCAAACAACAGUCGGUAAUGCCAGAAACAGCCUAUAACCAACAAACGAAGAAACACAAGAGCGAUCGCAUUGAAAUCAAUGAGUAUAAUCACCUAGAGGACUGCUGGAGGUGUGGAAGCAAAGGGCAUAUCCAAGCGGGAUGUACAAAUCCACGCAUACUUAUGUGUCGAUUCUGUGGGACACGAGGAGUAAGCACUUAUAACUGUGGCUGUUCGGGAAACGACCAGAGGGCCGGCACGAGAACCACGGGUCGGCCCGAAGGAGAAACGGUGCCCAAAGAAGAGAUGACCAAGGGUCAAAAGAUCAACAGAAGCCAGUCAUUCGCGAAACCGAGAGGGAAAGGAUGGACACCAAGAAAUCGAAGCCGGAGCCAGUCAGUGCAACGAAAUCCAGUGCAACCGGGCCAACAACAAUAUCGACCGAGUCGAAAUCAAAAUCCACAACAGCCUCAGCCUCAACAUCAGCCUCAACCUCCACCCCAACAGCAACAGCAGCAACAGAACCAAACGUUGCCGCAUACCGAUUUAACGCGCAAGUAA